UAAACGGUCAACGAGUAUAGCUGUGCGACACAGAUGAGUUCUAAACCAGCUCAGGGUUUGGUAUACAAUAACAAAUAGGAUGCAUAGUAAUGUGGUCCGAGUGCAACGAACGCACUCCCGCGCAGUUUCCCGAACGAACACUCGUCUACUUAAAAUUUUGUUUUAAAUUCUACAUCCACUCAAUAGGUACUUUUAAGAAUGUUACUUAUUAUUCAACCAUUGGUAUUAUCAAUCGAUUGUUUUUAAAAUAAUUAUGUACAUUGAGUGUAAUAUUUAACUGGAGAAUUUGAGAAGAAAAUGAAGAAAAGUUUGCUUAUGUUUGUUGUUUGUUCUGCUGCAAUUGUGGUCCAUUGCCUAAAUGGAACUAAAUCCAUAUUAGACGAUGAAGAAUACAAGGAAAGACGUAAAUGUAAUUGUCGUUGUGGCGAGCGUAAUGAGGCAUCGAGAAUAGUAGGAGGAAAAGAAACGGCUGUGAAUGAGUUCCCAUGGGUGGUUCGUCUAUCUUAUUUCAACAAAUUUUACUGCGGAGGAAUCCUGAUUAACGACCGUUAUGUUUUGACUGCGGCUCAUUGUACCAAAGGACUCAUGUGGUUCAUGAUAAAAGUGACACUUGGAGAACAUAACCGUUGCAACGACACGCAUCGUCCGGAGACGCGGUUUGUUGCAGAAGUUCUUUCUCGUAAUUUUAGCUACAGCACUUUUAAAGACGACAUCGCCUUGUUGAAACUGAAUGAGAGAGUUAACAUUACGGAUACUGUGAAACCUGUUUGCUUGCCCCAUAAUGAUGAUAACACGUAUGUAGGCGUCAAAGCAACAGCAACCGGAUGGGGUUCCGUCUCUGAAAUGAAGAAUCAUUCCUGUCAAUUACAGGAUGUGGAAAUACCGGUUUUGAGCAAUGAGGAUUGUAAAAAUACAAAAUACGAUGCGGCUAUGAUUGCUGACAAUAUGCUUUGUGCUGGAUAUCCUGGAGUUGGGAAGAAAGAUACUUGUCAAGUUGGAGUGGUGUCAUGGGGCAUCGGCUGCGGUCGUCCUGGCUAUCCAGGAGUCUACACUAGAGUGACCAAGUUCCUUGUUUCACUGUUUCCAGGUUGUGGGAUAAGCAUACAUCAAAGCGUAAUUGAAAGCAACAUAAAUGGACGGCUCGUGGGCGACCUGGGUUCUCCUCACGAAUUUCCCUGGCUAGCUCUGGUUAACAUUGGCUCUAAAUCUUUAGGAGGAUCUUUACUGUCCGACAGACACGUAGUCACUUCUGCUUCAGCAUUAUAUGGCGUAAAAGCCAAAGAUAUAAUAGUGACACUGGGAUCAUAUGACCGUUGUGGCGAAGAAGGAAACCCGGCGCUGAACAGUACAGUGGAUGCUGUAUUUCUACAUCCAGGUUAUUCUCCCAGUGUAAAAAGUAACGACAUUGCAUUGCUCAGGUUGAGUCAUGCGGUUCCAUUUAGUCGGUUUAUAACACCCAUUUGCCUGCCGAAUGAAGGUCUACAAGACUGGUUGCAUGUUGCUUGGGUAGCCGGUUGGGUGGAUGGCGUAAAUUACUCGUGCACUCCCAGAGUGGCGGUUCUUCCGACUCUACCUACAAAGACUUGUAUGAAAGAAGUUGAUCCUUCAUUUAUGACCCCUGAUAAGGGCUGCCUGGGACCUGUGGGAGUUAAAAGCAUAAUAUGUGAGGAUGAUAUAGGAACUCCAGUCAUGGCCCAAACAAAUUUCGGAGGAGCCUUCAAAUUGAUCGGUAUAACAUCAUCGUCGUCUUGUGAACAGACCAUCACACCGCUGUACACGAGAAUCACCGACCACGCAUCUUGGAUUUAUGAAAAUAUUCGCGAUGACUGUCGUUGUUUUUAGGUGUGACCUUGAAUAUGUGUAUUUUUUAUAGCACGGAGUUAAUUAUUGAUUUAAGUUGGAUUGUACCUAGAAUUUUUAAACACGAAAAAACAUGCGGGUUAGGAGA